CACUGAACGGACCAGUUCCUGUUUGAGAGGGUGCACUUCCGUUGCACAUUUCGUAACUUCAAAUUUCCGAGUCAGUCAACAUCUGGAGGAGUUGUACCUUUCACGGUGAGGAUGCUGGCACUGUCUCGCCGCGCGCUGGUCAGCGGUGCCUCGCGAGCUCCGGUCGCAGCUGUUGCCGCGUGCCAAAGCGCAGCCACGACGACCAUCACCCGCUUGAAUAGCACUGCCACCCAGGAGAAGCCGAAGAAGACCAAGUUUGGUCCCUUGGCUGAUGAAGACAGAAUCUUCACCAAUUUGUAUGGCAGACAUGAUUGGAGGCUGAAGGGGGCGCUGAGUCGUGGUGACUGGUACAAGACCAAAGAGAUCCUGCUGAAGGGGGUGGACUGGAUCCUGAAUGAGAUCAAGACGUCUGGACUGCGCGGCAGAGGAGGAGCCGGCUUCCCCACCGGCAUGAAGUGGGGCUUCAUGAACAAACCCAGCGAUGGCAGGCCGAAGUACCUGGUUGUCAAUGCUGACGAGGGUGAGCCCGGCACGUGUAAAGAUCGUGAGAUCAUGCGGCACGACCCCCAUAAGCUGGUGGAGGGCUGCCUGGUGGCGGGCAGGGCCAUGGGGGCGCGCGCUGCCUACAUCUACAUCCGCGGGGAGUUCUACAACGAGUCAUCCAACCUGCAGGUGGCCAUCAACGAGGCCUAUGCCGCCGGCCUCAUCGGCAGGAACGCCUGCGGCUCUGGCUACGACUUUGACGUGUAUGUGAUGCGCGGUGCCGGAGCCUACAUCUGUGGGGAGGAGACGGCUCUCAUCGAGUCCAUCGAGGGCAAACAGGGCAAGCCCCGCCUGAAGCCCCCGUUCCCUGCGGACGUAGGUGUGUUUGGUUGCCCAACAACCGUCGCCAAUGUAGAGACCGUGUCCGUGGCGCCCACUAUUUGCCGCCGUGGUGGCUCUUGGUUCGUCGGCUUGGGUCGCGAAAGGAACUCCGGCACGAAGCUUUUCAACAUCUCCGGGCACGUGAACACCCCCUGCACAGUGGAGGAGGAGAUGUCUAUUCCAUUGAAGGAGCUCAUCGAGAGGCAUGCAGGUGGCGUGCGUGGUGGCUGGGACAACCUGAUGUGCGUGAUCCCCGGUGGUUCCUCUACUCCGCUGAUCCCCAAACAUGUCUGCGAUGACGUCCUCAUGGACUUCGACGGCCUCAUCCAGGCCCAGACUGGCCUGGGAACAGCCGCCCUCAUUGUCAUGGACAAGUCUACGGAUGUGAUCAGAGCCAUCGCUCGUCUGAUCGAGUUCUACAAGCACGAGAGCUGUGGCCAGUGCACACCCUGCAGAGAAGGUGUGGACUGGAUGAACAAGAUGAUGUGGAGGUUUGUGAAGGGAGACGCGCGGGAGGCGGAAAUCGACAUGAUCUGGGAGAUCAGCAAGCAGAUCGAGGGCCACACCAUCUGCGCCCUGGGAGACGGCGCCGCCUGGCCUGUACAGGGGUUAAUCCGUCACUUCCGGCCCAUCAUGGAGAGCCGCAUUGCUGAUUUCAAACAGAGCCAGCAGGCCAGAGCCUAGGCAGCGCACAUCACCACUGGCAGUGGCCAUGUGGACCCGACAUCUUAAUAAUGUUAAAUAUUUAAAUGAAUUUUUAUGCCUCACCCCCUCGCCAUCCACCACUGCUGCCUGCUUUCGCCACGUUGUGAGGUUUUAUCGCCCCAUAUAACCUAGAAAGUAGACGUAGCCAUGUUUGGAUUCAGGGUGAUAAAUCCUCAUCAUGCCAACUUUCUUCCAUCAUGCCUUCCACCCUUUCUGAAAUCGGUAAAUAAAUGUAUGGGUUGAGGGUUUUUUGUUCCUGUGUCUGUGU